UUUUCAGAAGAAGGGGAUCCGAUCAGAAGAAAAGAGAAAACGCAGGGGAGAGAUAUCGCUGUCAAAAAGUUCAUCCCCUCUUCCCUUUUUGUCUCCUCACAUGAAAGCGCUUAAAAAGGGGACGCGUGUGUUUUGUCUUUGUCCUGCGGAUUUUGUUCCUUCCCUGCCUGAGAGGACUUACACCAUCAGAGGCGAUGAGAUGUGAGUGAGCUAUGCCUUGUGGAAAUGGACAGACUUUAUCCAAGCGAAAACAUGGCGUCUGCGUCCCGAGGUUUAGCUUCUUUUCCACUCUGCUUGUGGCGCUCUGCUGCCUGGAGGCAUGGGGCUCCGGGCCGCAGGGGGACGGCGGCGGCAGAAGCUGCAGCCCGUGUCCCGUUAACUGCAGCUGCGUGCUGGCGGGGCCCCCACCGUCCUGUGUCGUCAACUGCUCCAACAUCGGGCUGGAGAGGGCCCCAGCUGCGGCAGACAUCCCGCAGGCCACCAGCGUGCUAGAUCUUUCCAAGAACCACAUCUCCUCCCUUGAUACCAGCCUGCUGGAUCGUCUCACUGGCCUCCGAGAGCUGUACCUUCAAGGAAACAGGAUUAUUGUUCUCCCCAGAGGAGUGUUCUGCUGCGGGCCGCUGUCAAUCCUUGAUCUGAGUAACAACAAAAUCACCACCAUUGAAGAAAGAAUAUGCGACAACCUGUGCAAUUUAACUCAAAUUGAUCUGAGUAGUAACCCCUUCGAGUGUGACUGUAAACUGUUCCGGCUGGUUAGCUGGCUCCAGGAGAAAGGGGUGCGAGUACGACGCCCGGACGCCAUGCUCUGCAACCACCCACCCGAGCUGCGCCACCAACCCCUGCUCAACGUCAGCCUGCUCACCUGUGGUCUGAACUAUGCAGCUUGUCUGGAGGACAGCAGCAGCGGAGGAGGGGGACCGAGCGAGCUUGUUAUCUUCUCAUCCUCCACACCCGGAAACUUCACACGUGAACAGUGCAACAGUGUGUGCUUUGCUGCUUCACACCGCUACGGGGGCCUGGGGGCAAGGCACGAGUGCCUCUGCAGCACAAACUCAGAGCCGAACUUCAUCAGCGAAUCUCAGUGUUCUGCCGCCUGUACGAACCCCCAUGUUAUGAAGGAAUGUGGGUGGACUCUGGCUCACGACGUGUUUGCGGUGGACUUCACGGUCUCACUGAAGCCUCUCCCGCUGCAAAGUGUCCACGAGUGCAUCAGUUUCUCCGCCCUGUCCUCUGUCACUCCGGUGACGCUGUCCUGGGACUUUGGUGAACUCUCAUCUCGGGUCAACACUACAGGAACGGGAGUCACCACAGCAACUCACAAGUACGGAGUGCCGGGACAUUACAUGGUCAGUUUGAUGGCCUGGGCCGGACACAAAGAGGUCUCUGCACGUGGAGAAGUGACCGUUACACUUCCUCCCAAGCUGGAGCUGCGCUGUCCAGCUCUUGCCGUAGCCAAUAAGAGCCUCGAGUUCACACUCGUCAGCUGGGGGGCCGUUGGUCUGGAUGUAGACUGGAAGAUUUCUAAGGAGGGCAUCCAAGUUGCCAAAGCCUCCCCUCACUGUCCAAAGGACAGCGUGAACCAUGCAGAGUCCUCCCGCUGUUUCCAGAUCGUUACAGGGGAGAUGAGUUGGACAGACGCUCGACAGGAGUGUUUAAAUCGCAGCGGGGAUCUGGCAAUAGUUAGGAGUGACGCGCUGCGUAACCUGCUGGCACCCAAAGUCACACAGGAGCGAGGCGUGUGGCUGGGCUUGAGCGAUGUCGACUCUCCAGGCAAGCUGCGCUGGGUGAACGGCUCAGAGGCACAGGAGGGAGAAGAGGGCCUGCCACCUCGGUCUCCGAUCUCCCGCGGAAAUGUGUGUGUGUCCCUCGAUCAGCGCGCUCAGACCAGUUCACACCCAUGCAAUGCCAUGCGGGCCUUUGUCUGCGAGUACAGCCCCCAAGUGCGUGUUCCAGACGCAGGUAUUUACACUGUGGGCAUGGCUGUGUUCCCCUCCCAUAACCCUUUGCAACGCGCCCCGUCUGCUCGGCUCUCUGCUCCACAACCUUCUCGCGGUGGCAUAGAGGUGUUGUUGUUCCCAGCUAUGAGCUUCGUUCAGGCGGGUCGUCUGUCCUCCCUUGAGUUUGUCACUCAGGAACUCAGCUUGCAAAUCCACGUCAGAUUCCAGACCUACAGACCUCACUGUCAUUAUCCCGGCCUGCACCUGCUGCUACCGAGCUGUGGGGGUCCAGCUUGUGCCCCGGUGGCUGUGUGUGUCCCCAAUGACACCAGGAGCGACGAUCCUCCCUCUUGCCCUGGACUGGAGCAGUGGUGUCCCUUCCAGCGCCGCUGCCUGCCCCUCUCCAAUCCCUGCCAGCCAUCUUCCUGUCCUAACUGCACGCAGGCUCACCGUCUGCCCCCCGGGGCGCUGAGGCCCAGAUACACCCUGCAGAAUGAGGUGGUCUUCACUCUACCGGCAGGACCAGCUUCACACAUACUGGUACAAGAACAACUGGAGGAUCUCCUCGUGUCCCGUGGCGAUGUCAUCGCCCUGCAGCAUGAUGCUGGCCCCGCCUCCCUUCUCCGUUGCCAGUCGUCCCCACACUCACCAUGGCGACAGCCUGUCUUAGCUCUCAACCAAUCAGAGUGGUUCUGGAUCAACAACACCGGACAGGCAAUAGAUGCCUCGGCUGACCACGAUGCUGACCGCCUGCCUGACCCGGAGCUUGACGUGAAGGCGCUGGUGGAGGAUGGUGAAGGAGGGUGGCUGGAGGAAGAAGUUUGCCCCAUCAGAGUGCUCUAUGUGGGACACAGUGAGACUCAGCUGCAGGGAGCACAGCUGUCUGCUGGUCUGCCCCAGCCCGGACUCUACAGCCUGCUGGUAACUUCAGCCGAGCCAUCAUACCCAGCCUCAGCUUCGUGCCCGUUGCGGGUGGUGCCUCCUCUGGGCUUGACAAUCCUCCACCCACCUCCCCAGAAUGGCACCCUCUACCUGCAGCCCAACGACACCCAGCUGCUGCUCCGCGUCCAGUCUCGCUACCUGACAAAGGCAUUUCGGCGUGGCAGUAAUCGCAGCGUGACCUUCCAGCCUGAAUGUCCCAAAGAGUUUUCUUCCAAGGCGGUGCUCUGUCAGCCCGGGCCGAGCUCAGGGGCCGGGGUCGAGGUUUCAGAGCCCAGCCUGUACGCGGUGCUGGAUCUGAGCCUGGGGACGGAGGAGCAGGGGAGUCCAAUGCAGCUGGAGCUAGAGGCACAUAAUAACGUGACGGAGGCCAGCCUGUCUGUGGUCGUCCAUCUUGAAGAGCCGCUCAGAGGACUGAUGGUGAAGCCGCACCCUGCACACCGGGUGCUGAUGGAGUCGGUCGUGAGCUACACAGCGUCAGUGCUCAAAGGCUCCAAUCCCACAUUUAAAUGGACAGUGGAUGACAAGCCGUACUUCACCUAUUACAACACCGUCCUCAACGUCAUCUACCAGCAUGCUGCCAUCUACAAACUCACUGUGACGGCCAUGAACCAUGUCAGCACCCUCACAGAGCAUUUCAACGUCACUGUAGACCGGCUGCAGCCCAUGGCCAACCUCACAGUGAAGGGUGUGCCAGAUGUGGUCCCUCAGGGCUCCACGCAGACUCUCACCACCUCUGUGCUCGUCGACAUGUCUGUAGCUGCCACCUUCCGAUGGUCUUUCGGUGAUGGUGGAUAUAAGGAAUUUGAAUACAAGCCCCCCUACGCUCCCUCCCUUCUCUGUCCAGACUCCCCCAAUCAAGUCCUUCUAAGCAACAACGUCACAUAUAUUUACUCUCAGCCAGGAAUAUACAAAGCCGUAGUGUCAGUGUCCAACCGUUAUCAGAACAUCAGUCAGAGCAUCAACAUGAGCGUCUACAGCAUCCUCACACGUGUCGAUAUUCAAACAGAACCACGACUCCUCCUCAAGGGAAAAUCUGCUGAUUUUGAGGCGCACCCUCUGCCCUCACCCUACGGCAUUCACUAUGACUGGCACUUUGGAGAUGGUUCUGCCACGCUGCAAGGUCGCCGCGUGGCUCACACCUACGCACAGAGCGGCCUUUUUAACAUCUGUGUGUCUGUAAACAACACCAUCAGUUCUAUGGAGGCUUGCGCCGAGAUGUUUGUGUAUGAGGAGAUUGAAGAUUUAAUAGCAGAAAGCUCAUCUCCGACAGAGCUUCACAGUCCUACGACAGUGUGGGCACGGCUCGCAUCAGGAAACAACAUCACAUGGACAUUCUCCAUGGGAGAUGGGACCAUAAACAUAACAUCCGAACCGCAAGUUUCACACAGCUACGUCAAAGAGGGGAAUUACACCGUGAAUGUGACCGCUUCAAACGCAGUGAGCUCUGGCUGGACAAUCCUUCCAGUGCACGUGUUUGUCUUCCAAGUUGUGAGGAUGGAGCCGUGCGGAUGUGUCCAAGAGCGGACCCCUGUCAACUUUCAGGCUUGGGUGUCCGGUAAUGCAUCAGCUCUUCUUUAUGAAUGGAGCUUCGGUGAUGGAAGCCCAAAAGAGACACACCACGGAAACCCCAAAGUGUCGCACACGUACUGGACAAGCGGGAGCUACCACCUCUCUCUGCUUCUUUUCAGCGGUGUAAACAAAGUGCCCAAAGACAGCUUCCUCAAGCAGGUGUGUGUGCAGCCAGCUUUAACCAACAUGAGCCUCACCCUUGAGAAAUCACACUAUGCUGUUGGGGAGGAGAUCCGGUUCAGAGCCAGAGCUGAGCCAGAGUUUAACUACACCUAUCAGUGGGACUUUGGCAGAGAGGAAGACCCUGUGCUCAUCAUGGGUUCUGGGAAUAUUGUGACAACGUAUAAAAAUCCUGGUCAUUACAAUGUGACUGUCACUGUCUUCAAUAACAUCUCCAGCAGUAACACCAGUGUUGCCAUUGAGGUUUUGAUGCCCAUAGGUCCAAUUGUGAUUCAACAUAACGGCACUAAAUAUAACAACCUGACUCUCAGAGCACCGUACACUUUCACAACAUCUUCCAUGGCUUCGGAUGUCACUUUCAUCUGGAACUUUGGAGAUGGAAAUAUGCUUACAGGCCAAAAUGUCCCCCACUCCUACAACGUUUCUGGAAACUACAAUAUCACACUGACAGCAGUCAACACCGUCAGCAGGAACCACACCUUUUUACCUGUUGCUGUGCUUGCAGCAAUAACUGGGUUGACUGUCAACGCUAGCUUGAUAAAUGUCCCUCUUAAUGCCUCAGUCCACUUCGAGGCCCAUAUGGAUGAGGGAGAUGGCGUCCGGUACUCUUGGAACUUGUGUGACCGCUGCACCCCAAUUCCAAGGACCCACACCAUGUUCUACACCUUCCGCUCCGUCGGCACUUUCAACAUUAUUGUGACAGCGGAGAAUGACGUGGGAAUGGCACAAGCGAGUAUCUUCCUGUACGUCCAACGUGAGCUGGAGGGGUUGCAGAUUUUAACAGACGAGGAGUCUGGCGCAGGCGAAGGCACGGGAUUGGAUGGUUGCUGCUUUGCCACAAACCUUGUUCUCCACCUUCAUGCGGGAUUAAAGGAAGGAACCAACAUGACGUUUACAUGGAACCUCAUCAAAGAGCCAGACCCCCUUAGCUCAAGCUACAACAUAAGUGGGAAGACGGUGGAGGUGAAUUAUUCCACACCGGGCCCGUGCGACAUCUCUCUGCGGGCAGCCAACCUCCUGGGCCACCUGUCCGUCAACAGAACCAUCCUCUUCCUAGAACCAGCCGGAGGGGUGUACCUGCAGAUCAGCGACAACCCAGUCGCUGUCAAUGCAUCAACUAACCUGACAGUACUGAGUGGUGAAGGCUCGGACUUAAAAUACCGUUGGUCUGUGAAUGGCGACGCGAUGCCGUGGACAGAGCACUGGAACACUCACACCUUCAUCAGUCCUGGCCUAAAGCUGGUGACUGUGGAGGUCUUCAAUCAAGUCAGCUCAGUGGUCAGGUCAAAGAAUGUCAGUGUCCAGGAAGUCAUUUCUGAGCUCAACUUCUCAGCUACCAAUGUGACAGAGCAGGGUUACGUAGCGACAGGCGCCAACGUUUCACUGCAGGGGGACGUACUAACAGGAACCAAUGUGACAUGGACAUGGAUGUUGGAAGGAAGAAUUGAAACGGGAAGGAAUACUUCUUUGAUUUUCCACGAGCCAAAAACAGCCAUCAUUACUCUGAAUGCGACUAAUGAUGUCAGCGGGCGAGUGUUUUCCAGAGAGUUCUUUGUUCAGGAUAAGAUUCAGGGACUGGAGCUGAGGGCAAGUCAGAAGAUCGCAGCAGUUGGUGAGAAGGUGGAGUUCACCAUAUCUAUGGCAGCAGGCUCCGACGUUCAACUCAUCCUCAGCAUCAGCGGAGAUGCCACUGUUAUUCCUGAAAUCAACAAAACCUACGUCCACACAUUCAGCAGGGUGGAUACGUACAUGGUGAAUCUCACUGCUCACAACCAGGUUAGUUUCAAGAGGCGAAACCUCCAGGUGGAAGUGAUGGAGCCAGUGCGUGGACUCUCCAUCCAAGGAAGCUGCGCAGCAAUCCCUGUCGGUGUGAAGAGGUCGUUUGUAGCCAACACCAUGACGGGCAAACCUGUUCAUUUCCUGUGGACUUUUGAUCUGCACCACUCCCACAAGGCACCGCUAAUGGGCAAAGAGGUGUUCUACACGCCAGAAGAGCCGGGUUUAUUGACCAUCUACCUGAAGGCCAUCAACGCACUGCACUCUCAAAACAUCACCAAGCACAUCCGUGUGCAGAACCUGCUGACAGCAGCAGCCCUGCAUGCAGCGCCUCGUGACACUUUCAUCAAUAAGACGGUUACUCUGAUGGCCAAUGUGACACCCAGAUCUAAUCCUGUGGAGUGCUUGUGGGACUUUGGUGAUGGCUCUUCUCCAGUUCACACAAACACCACCACUGUGGGCUAUGAGUACAGUCAUCCGGGACACUACCUCGUCCAAGUGAACUGCAGUAACCUGGUGAGCUGGGUGUUGGCACAGGUGGAGGUAAACAUCAGUGUAUUGGAGUGUGAGGAGCCCGAGGUGCAGGUGGUUCAAGCCCCCCGUCUGGCCAUCUGGCGCUACCAGCCCACUCUGGUGGAGGCCAGUGUGGAUCUGAAAGGCUGCCUACGCUAUGGAGCUCAGUACCUCUGGCAGAUACUCUCAACCCCCUACUGUGAUAAUGACAAAGACCCCUCGGUUUCCUCUGGGGUGGCGAAUCAGCCCUCUCAGUCUGUUCUAGUUCGUCUGCCAGGGGAAGUGGAUGUGCGGCGGCUACAGCUGUCAUUGCCUAAGAUGGCUCUGCAAGCAGGAAACUACACCUUGGUGUUUUCUAUGUCCUAUGAAGGCGUGCCGCUCAGGAAGGCUGCCUGUCUACAGCUCAGUGUCAUGGCUACCAGGCUGAUGCCCAUCAUAGAAGGGGGCACCUACAGAGUGUGGUCGAGGACGCAGGACCUUCAGCUCAAUGCGGAGCAGUCCUAUGACCCCAACAUGGACCCAGACAGCCAGUCACUACUCAGCUAUUCCUGGGAGUGUGAAAGCACUUCGAAGGGUGCAGAGCACUGCUCCAGUCUGAACUUUGGCCUGGGAACCAGCGAUCCGGUGCUGGGAAUCUCCGGCUCGGAGCUGGAGGCGGGCGUUGAAUACACUUUCAGACUGACCAUCAGCAAAGACGGCAUGGCACCAGAGUCCACCACGCAGACUGUGCUCGUCCAGAGCGGCCAUAUUCCCAUGGUGUAUCUGGAGUGCGUCUCCUGUAAGGCCCAGUCCAUCUACGAGGUCAGCCAGAACUCGUAUGUCUACCUCAGAGGGACCUGCACCAACUGCCAGGGCUUUCACCGUGGGCGCUGGAGUGCCAGGACGCUGAAGAACGAAAUUCUGGUCCUAGAUUCCUCCUCCACCACCACAGGAAGUGACGGCAUGAAUCUGGUGCUGCGGCAGGGUGUGCUGCAUCACGAAGACUCCUACAUUUUCACCCUGCACGUGACUGAUGGCAGUCUGGAUGGCGACGGCGUCGCCUCCAUCACUCUGCAUCACAAUAUGCCCCCGGCCGGCGGGGAGUGUCACUUGAGAGGCGGAGGGGAAGCGGGAGUGGAGUACGGAGAUGGAGAUGGCGAAGGCUGGAGGCUCCGCACACUGCUAGACCGAGUGCACUUCAACUGCUCAGGUUACAGUGAUCUGGGGGUCUCAGAGACUCCUUUGCUCUACAGUUUACUGGUGACACGUUGCAGAGAAGACUACUGCGAGGACUUCUGUGUAUAUAAAGGCAGCAGCCCGGAGCACUCGGCCUUCCUGCCUCCAGGCUUCAGCUCAGCCCGCAACCGUGUAGCCGUAUCCAUCACAGUGGAGGACCACCAGGGAGCUGCCAUCACUGCACUCAACAAGUCAGUUGAAGUUGUGCUGCCAGAUCCGCCCCCUGAGUACAACAGCCUUCCCCACUGGCUGUCUGAGCUGACUGACAGCAAACUCAAAAAGCUGUUGGAGCAGGGAGACUCUCAGAGGGUCCGAGAGUUGUCGUUGGCUCUGAUUACAGUCCUGAAUGAGUAUGAGAAGACCAAGGAACCGGAGGGGGUGUCCCAGGAAGAGCGUCGUUUCCGAGUCAGAGUUCGCAGCAACAUCACCAGAGCCCUGACCGCUCUAGAUCUGACCACUGUUAAUGACAUCCAGCAGACCUCCGCUGCUUUGGCUCAGUGCACGGCGGUGAGUCGAGAGUUCAUCUGUGAGGAGUGUCAGAACAGCACUCUGAACAAACUGGAGUCCAUGCUUGAGAUACUGCAAACUGACACCAAGCAGGGCACCGUUACUCCUACUGAGAUAGCUGACAACAUCCUGAACAUCAUGGGUGAUCUGAUCCAUCAGGUCAGCCAGUCAACAUCUCAGUCUUACCUCCAGCCUGCCUACUUGGAUUCACUCCCACCCCGCUCCACCACCUCUUUUGCCUCCCCCGGUGAGGAGCCAGUAGGAACCCUGUUUGACCCGUCUCCCUCCUCACUGGAGCCGCACCCUCUGCGAGUGGCGGCCAAGGCUUACAGCCUGUCCUCGGUCCUGAUGCUGAUCCUCAUGCAUGCUCGCGUGCUCAACGAGGAGCCGCUUGUGCUGAGGGGAGCUGAGAUCGCCGCCACAGGAAAACUGGCGGACCCCCAGAGCCUGCUCUGCUACCAUGGAAACAACAGUCCAGAGUGCCAGCGAUUCUCUAUCCCCAGAGCGUUUAACUACAGUCUUGGCAGAGCAGCUGCAGGAAACAGCAUCAUGCAGCUAUUGUUUCAGGUUGAGUCCAAUCCAUUCCCCUUUAAUUACGUGGCGAACUACACCGUCUCCACUGAGGUGGCAUCCAUGGAGUUCCGCACUGAAAAUGGCACCCAGAUUCCCAUCUCCGGACUGGAUGAUAGUCUAGCCAUCACUGUGGCUGUUAACAAUGGCAGCGUAGCAGAAGCAGGUCCUGAGGGUUCUGGCACCGGAGGGGUCCCUGCAGCCGGAGCUGUUAACAUCAGCCACUGCGACUCCGUCAUCGUCAGGGUCAGCACGGGAAACACCAACAGACAGGCGGGACUGUUUGUGCAGCUCAACUUUACCUCUCUGGAGGAUGCCACAAAGACAAAUAAAAUAGAAGAGGAUGUGGAGCCAUACAUCACAGCCUACCUUCAUUCACAUGACACACCCAAUGAGUUCAACUGCACAGACAAAAAACGUAUCGCACUCAGUAUGACCAGGGGGCAAGAUCUUGACCACAGGAAGUACACCUUCUUCCUGUCACCAGAGUUGUACGACACCACUCUUGACUACUUCAUCAACGUGAGCACGCCGUGCAGCCCCAGCUCUCAGCCUGUGGAUGUUCGUCUGGAGGUCGGAGUGUUUGCCUCUCUGUGUCAGUACUUCAGUGAGAGUGAGAAGCAGUGGCGAACAGAUGGCAUGGUGCCACUGGCAGAAACCAACGCUAGCAGAGCUGUUUGUCGCACCAGGCACCUCACAGCCUUCGCUGCAGGCCUGUUUGUACCAGCCAACGCCAUCAGCUUUAAAGUGCCAGAGCGUUCUGGAGUACCGAGCCUGGUCGUGCUAUUGGUGUGUGUGUUGGGCUUACUGAGCUAUGUUGUGGCAGCAGCCGUCUUGCACAAGUUGGACCAGCUGGAUCUACGCCGGGCUGGUGUGGUGCCACUCUGCGGCCGAGAUGGACUCUUCAAGUACGAGGUCCAGGUCAAGACUGGCUGGAGCCGUGGGGCAGGCACCACGGCUCAUGUGGGAAUCAGUUUGCAUGGACGUGAGAGCCGCAGUGGACACCGCCAUCUCGACAGCAGAGGAGCUUUCACACGCAACGCUCUGGACAUCUUUCAUAUCGCCACGGAUACCAGCCUGGGCAGUAUCUGGAAAAUACGAAUUUGGCACGACAACAAAGGUCUGUCCCCAGCGUGGAUGCUGCAAUACGUCUUGGUCAAAGAUUUGCAGACAGGAAGCAGCUACUACUUCCUGGUUGAGGAGUGGCUGUCAGUGGACAAUGAGAGAACUGACGGACGGGUGGAGAUUGAGGUGGAAGCCACAGAGGAGGCUGUGCUUCGUCAGCUGCCCCGCCGUCUGCGGUGUGAGCUGCAGCGGGCGCUGAGUGAGAGUCACCUGUGGCUGUCGCUGUGGGAGAGACCGCCCCGCAGCCCGUUCACCCGCCUGCAGAGAGCCACGUGCUGCGCUCUGUUACUGCAGCUCUUUGUGUUGGCCAACAGUCUGUGGUACAGCAUUGUGGUGGACAAAAGAUAUAGCCCGCAGGCAGUGUCAAGGUUUUCUUCAUUGAACGGCGAGACAGUGGCAGCAGGUGUGGUGACCUGUCUCGUCGUCUACCCUCUCUACCUGCUCGUCUUCACGCUCUUCAGAAUGAGCCGCAGCACGUGCGUGUCCGUGGAGCAGGUCCCGCCACAAGUGGAUCAGGAGUCAGUGGAGAUUGACGACUUCCUGGACGACUCCAUGGCUGGAAGUUCUUUCCUCUUUUUUAAUGGCGAGACUAACUCAGAGGAAACCAAUGUGGAUUUGCCAACUCCAUCAACCAAAAGUGGGGAGAGUUGGUGCAUGGCAGAGGAGGAGCUGGAGGACAGGGACUGGCCGGAGCUGUUGAGUGAUGUGUCUGUAGUGGGAGGGGCGGGGCAUGGGGCAGGGCUGCCCAGGCUCAAGAGGGGUCAGGGGAGCAGGCACCUGGGUGUAGACAUGACCUUUAACCCUGAGGACGAAGAGGGGACGGAACAACGCAACAAAUACUUCACCUCCUCAGACGAGGACCUGAUCAAACACAUCCUAGCAGAUGGACAAAACUUCUUUCCUCAAGCAGACGAAAGUGAGAUGGCUGAUCUGUCAAGCAUUUUAGGAGACAAGACUGAAGUGAUUCUCCUCCCGAAGCUGAAUGAGCCUCUCCCUCUAGAAUCUGUGAGAAGAGACCCACCAAAAACUGCUUUCACCUCAAAUACAGUUGUGACAGACGUGUGUCGUCCCAGAAGGUUUCCUCCGUGGUGCGGACGUACUGCCCUGUGGGGCAGCUGGGCAGGGAUUGCUCUGGCCAAUGGUGUGUCGAUAUGGGCGGGUCAUGGGUUUAGUGAACGCGUGGCCAUGAUGUGGCUCAUCUCCUGUUUUGCCAGUUUCCUUUGUUCCUGCCUGCUGUUGGAGCCAAUUAAGGUGUUGUGUGAGGCAGUUUACUAUGCAGUGUGGGUUCUUCGCCUGCGUCCAGAGGACCAGGAUGUGCUGGUGGAGUUCCCCCGAGUGGAGAGAGUGGUCCAGCGGGUCCCCAGGGUGAGACCGCCACAGGGCUUUGCUCUGUCUCAGGCUCGACACCAGGCCCGGAAGGUCCACAUGCUGCACACCAUGCUGAAGAAUUUUCUGGUUUACAUGUUUUUCCUGCUGGUGGUUUUGCUUCUCAACUACUCUGAUUCAGCCAAAGACACACACAGCCUGAGACUGCGCACUCAGCUGCAGCGAUCACUGCACACCCCUGAGUACCACAACAUCAGCAGCCGAGAUGAUGUCCUGAUAUGGCUGAAUGAGUCGCUGUUGCCACGUUUACUGGAUGACUCUGCCCUCCUGAGGGACACAGGAAGUGUGUUGCUCGGCACAUUGAGGCUCCGUCAGAUCCGUGACGUGCAGGUUGCAGGGGAUUUCAGGGCAGACGAAAGAAUUUGGGGAGAGAGCACUGUUCCAUCUCCGGCCAAAGACACUGAGAAUUUCACAGCUUAUGGGGCUAAUGAUACAAACUGGGCAUGGCGUUUGGGCAGGAUUAGGGUGUACAACAGUGGAGAUGUGGUCCACCAGCUGAACAGAAGCCUGGAGGAGGCCUCUUCCUCCAUUCAGCAGCUGCAGCAGCUGCAAUGGCUCAACCACAGGACCCGUGCUGCGUUUGUGGAGUUCUCGCUCUACAACAUCAACACAAACCUCCUGGCAGUCUUCUCCUUCCUGUUUGAGUUUCCAGUUUCUGAGCGUGCCCAGUCCAGCCUUGACUUGGUUGUCAUUACUCUGUGGCCAAUCACAGGCCUCAAUCUGCAGCUCCUUCUCAUGAUCAUCCUCCUCGCCCUGGUGUUGUAUUUCUUGGUGCGUGGGAUUUUGGGCUUCCUCAGAGAGGGCUAUGUGUACUUGCUGUCAACCUGGAGACUCCUGGGCAUCUGCAAACUGGCUCUGGCAGCAACUGUGUGUGGGCUGCACCUGAGCCGCUGCACCAUGGCCACACAGCAGUGGGCAUCGUACCUGAAGCACCCACGGGACGCCUUCACAGACUUCUACCCCCUGGCCAGACAGAGUCAAAUGUACACGGCCAUGUCUGCUUUGCUCUUGUUCAUACUGGUGCUCAAGGCAUCCCACCAGUUGCGGUUUCUCCGAGAGUGGGCCGUGUUUGGCAGAGCUCUGCGACGCUCAGUCUGGGAGCUGCUGGGAGUCGCCCUGGCUUUACUGCUGUUGGUGCUGGCUUACUCACACACAGGACACCUGCUCUUCCACUCUGUCGUUGACGGAUACGGCAGUGUGAGUUCUACCUGUCUGUCUCUGUUAGGAGCUGGUGGACGUGGUCUGCUCUCAUGGCGUCCUAGCUGGACAAUGACCGGUCCCUCAAGCACCGUCUCCGCGCUGGUGUUCCACGCGAGCUUCGCCAUACUUCGGCUGGUGUUGCUGUGGUUGGUCACCUCUGUGUUACUGAGAAACUAUCGCCGUGCGCGAGCAGAGCUAUACCGUCCAGCUGUGGAUCUCCAAGACUACGAAAUGGUUGAGCUGUUUCUCAGACGGCUUAAAAUGUGGAUGGGACUCAGCAGGGCCAAAGAGUUUCGUCAUAAGGUGCGUUUCGAGGGAAUGGAACUGCCACCAUCCCGUUCAUCUUCCACCAGCGACUGUAAGUCCCUGUGCUUGCCACCGCUGGACAGCCCCGACUCCCCUCCCACCCCGGACAGUGUCGAUGCGGGUUCAGAGGCCUCAUGGCGCCCAGCCUCCUCCAGCCCCUGCAGCUUGACAGAAGCCCCGGGGAUCGGCUUGGGACUUGGCUUGGGCCUUGGUUUGGGGCUAGGUCCAGGAGUGGUGAUGGGAAGUACCAGCUGGAGGGAGAGAGCAGAGACUGAAGCCUCUCUGAGGAGGCUCCUCCCCACCCUGGACGCCCUGCUGCAACAGCUUGACCGUGUCACCAUGGCAACAGAGGACCUGUACCACAUCGAGUGUAGACUGGAACGAACCCAGAGGAAAAGGAGGAGUAGGGGCAGAGAGAGGGGAGGUGGCGGUCAGGGAACGAGGAGCGAGGCAGGACAGAGACGUAAGGGUGAAGACAAGGACUCUGCUGGAUGUAGAGAUCGAAGGAGUAGCAAAGAAAAACACAAAGCAAGCAAAAAGGGCAGAAAGGCGGAUAAAGGUGAACUUCUAAAGGAUUGUGGAAACAUUGCUGCCAACCCCAAAAAGACUCCAGCAGCCACACCUGUACCUUUUUUAAAGCCCAGACCGACCUCUGCCACAACACACACACCCGCUCCUCAAUCAUCAGCCAAACCUUUAGUCAGCGCACCUCCACCUACACCUGUCACUGACACCUCCUCUGCCCCUGUCUCAUCAGCAAACACUCCCCCUUCUCAUCUCCCGCUGCCCAAAACACCCUCUGUACCUCCAUGUACCCCUGCACCCACCUCUUCCUUGCCAUCUACCCCUGCACCUACGCCCAGUAGCCGGGACCGGGAGCCUCUGACAGAGAGAGACACCCUCCCCUCCUCCAGCCUGUUCAACCAUCCAGCUCACACUACCACCAUUCCUACACGCAAGCGAAAACGCAAACCCCCACCCCUCAAAAACAAGGUGCACCCAAACCUAGACAGGCAUGGCCCUGGACACUCCAAAUCCUGAGGACAACCAGAAGUCAAAGGUGGAGCAAAGAGUAAAUGUUGGGUUAAGGACGAGAGGAGGACAGGGGCAGCAGGUUUUGUCCCCAGAUGUCCCUCUCUAAACCCAGGAAAAAGAGAGCAAAUAGUGGAUGGGAAAGUAGGACAGGAAGGAAAUUAGAAGAAUCACACAGACAAGUAGUUUGGGGUGAUGAAAGAAAGCAGUAAGACUUUGCAGGUUUGUAAGCAGUGACUGGUCCAAAUCCUGGUUCGGUUCAGAAGCAAGGUGCAGGUCGCCACAUGCUUGCUGAACUGAACAUUGAAACCAAGAUACACUCCCAUUCCUUUAUUCCUCCUGGACUAAUACUGACCCCACGUGACCCUGGAGGUCCUGUGGGGUCACUGACAGGAGCACACACACGCGUGCUCACCUGAACCAACUGAAAGCAGACAAUGCAAUCAGUCCUUUUUUGUAUCUCAGAAAACUGUUGAUUUCUCAGUUAUGUUCUCUGUCUACCUAUAUUUUUUUUAUAUUGUAUAUUUCGGUCACCAUGGGUACUUGUGGCCUGGUCUUAUGAACCCAAAUUUGCAUGCAGGCACACAGAGAUAUACGCACAUGCAGGUACACACAUGCAUAGAAAAAACACUGUAGGCACAAGACGCGUUAAUUGUAAUGUGCAGUACAAUUCAGCCCACCAAGGUACGAGAGGAAACAAACAUAUACAGGGUUCCCACACAUUUUCAUGGACAAUUUUGAAACUUUUCCAUGACCUUUCGAGGAUCCAUAACAAAAAUAUCCAUUACCAUUCAGCAUAUAUAGCACUAGCAGAAUUAUAUAGUACUUUACUCCAAAUAUUAAUGACCUUUUUAUAGGCGGUGUACUGAUGCAGAGCAGUGGAGCUCCCAGAGUUGAGGAGUAACCGCCAAUGUAGCUAUGCAGAGCAGAGCUACGUUACUUUAACAGCUUCAAAAUAAAUAAAUUCAUUGUUAUGCUUUGUUACGUGAAAGAUUAUCCAUAACAAAUAAAAAUAUAACAAUGAAUUUCAUUCAGCAAUACUUACAAUUUUAUUGUGAUUUACAAUGUCGUCAUAUGCUAAGUAUUGCAAUGAAAUAUAUUGCAAUGUGUUACUUUUUUUUAACAUCUGUUUUAUCUGAUAAUAAGAUAUGGUUUUCGGUCUGUUGAUCUUUUUUCAUUUUUAUUGCAGCAAAAUGUAUAUAGAGGAAUGAAAAGGCAAUUGACUUUAUUAUUCUAGUACGAAAUCAAAAGAUUAAUUUGCUAUUUGCAAUAGCAUUCAUUAUAUAAUAUAAAAAUUAAUACUUGGCUCCCAAUGUGUUAAUGUCAAUAUAUCAAUAUCACCACGUACAAUAUUGCUGUACUAUGCUGUAUUGAUUUUUCUCCCACACCUAAACACCACAUAAUUCCAUGAGUUUUCUAAAACAUUCAAACAUUUUACUACUUAAAUGACUUUUCCAGGCAUGGAAAGCAAGAUUGUGGAAUUCCAUUACAUUUUCAUGACCGUGGGAACCCUUCAUACACACACACACACACACACACACACACACACACACACACACACGCACACACACGCACACACACACACAAGGUUGUUGGGAUCUCAGCAGCCAAAAUUGUUCAGGGUGCAGAUAUAGCCUUCCUCUUUAAAUGUACAGAGAAAUGGAACAAAACAUUCAAAGAUAAAAGGUAAGCCACAAGUAGUGAGAAGAAGGAGGUGUAGCAAGUGGUUAUAUCACAGGACAAAGUAGCGCAGGAGUGUUAGAAGCAGGACAGAAGAAAAGAAGGAUAUCAUGCUCAGUAGGGAAAUUUGUAGAUAAACAUUGAGGAAGCAGGAAAGAGUUGCCCUCACUUAUACAGUACUGAACAUUUACACAAGUUCAUCCAUCAUAAAGCUAUACUGACUCUCAGUCUGAUUAUCUUUUCAAAAUGUGUUCAUAAUGGUUGUGAUUUAAAAGCACUUUUGGUCUGAUUGUUUUGUUUUUUUUGAUGAGAUGUGAUGUAAAGAAAUAAGCUUGGUGUCUAAACCAAUAGAGAAAGCUUCACUCAUACUGUAUCUUAACUAUAAACGUUGCCAAAGCUUAUGUAUGCAUUCUGAGUUUUACCAUGCCAAGUAAUUAAUUCAUUCUUUUUGUACUUCGCACUUUAUUUCCUAAUGGAGCUGAUAUCCAAUGCCAUAUUUAACUCUUUUGUGUCAAGUUUUCAUUUCAUAUCUUAAAACAUUAUAAAAAAAAAACCCUAUUAUUAUUGUGGUGUCAAAGCUAUAGCUAGCAGUUGUAUGUGUACUUUUGUCUGCUCUUGGUAGUUUAAUGUUUUGUUUUGUUGUGUUGUCUUAUUUUGAUAAACAUAAGUACUUCCUGUGUCCAGUGGGCAGUUCUCAGGGAACCCACCGUUUUCCCCCCAAACCUGAAGAGAGAGCCAGGAGAACCAAAACUGGAGGUAAAAAAAAAAAUCAAUGUUUUUUUUUUCUAUAAUCUAGGGACAUUUUAUAUUUUGUGGUUAAAUCAUGACGGUCUAUUUUUUAUAUCAUUUACCUUAUUAUUUCAGCCAAAAACUGAGGAGUUGUGUGUCUACACUCUUUUUUCAUAGAUUUUUUUAAAGGAUAAUAGAAAUUGUAUUUACGGGUACACCAGAGUUCCUCCUCCAAACAACCCCAAAGCCUAAAGCUAAACUCUUAAAUCCUAUUUGAUUUUUUAAAAAAACAUUAUCACCUCUUUUCCUGCCCAGUAAGUUGCAAAAGAUCUCACACAUUUACAGUUCUAAUGAAAAAGGAACAAAAAAGACCCUUCUUCAUCUGCAUGUGUGUAUUUCUGUAUAUAUUGGUGCUUUGUGGUUGUGUAUAUUUUUGCUUUUCAUGAUCAGUAUUGUUUAAUGCACUGCAGUGCCAUAUGCAUUAGGUCAAGCACUGGUGUUGCAAACCCCCAAAGUUUUACAUUUCUCAAAUCUAACCAGAGCAGCCAAAGCUAUCGAUGUAUUCAAUAUGAGUUUUUGUUCACAACACGCCAACUACAAAUCGCAGUACGCUCAGCAGUUGAGGCCUCCACUGGCCACCUUAUUUCUGCUAAGUAGACAGUUUUUAACAAAACAGUGCCAAAGCCCACCUUCUUGUCUUCUGUCUUUUUAUGUUGUACGAUGCAUUUUGUUUUAAAAUGGUGUAACACAUUUGUCUGUGCUCUUCUUUGUAUCUCAUAUCUGUAUUUUUGCAAUUGUAGCACUUCUGCUUUUGCACUUGACAAAGUCAAAGAGUUUGACAGCUGAAUUGUGCAAAAUAAAGUGGUUUUGGUGUCAAA